AUGUCUGACAAACCCGGUAUGGCUGAGAUUGAGAAAUUCAGUAAGUCAAAACUGAAGAAGACAGAAACGAAAGAGAAAAAAAUCCUGCCUUCAAAAGAAACGACUGAAUAG